GUUACCAUGUCAACAAAAACUCUCAAGUCACUUUCUAUUUGAAGCCGAGAAACCUAUUAUCUUUAUGUCAUGACAAUUCCAAAAUACAUAACCCACAUCUUUGCAUGAAUAGCAUCACAAUUCCCUAAUUUUUUUAUAAUACCCCUUAAUCCAUUUGUGGUCUACAUAUCGAAGUAAACCACUACACCCCCACUUUCUCUAUAGAUCUGUGAGCUCGAUCGCAAUUUAGUUUGAUUGUUACUUUAUUUAUUUAUUAAUCUCAUUUUAUAUGUUUUCAUUUUCUUCUUGGAACCGAUAAAGUCGUAGUUUAUUCCUUUCUCAAUUUGAUGAAAAGUGCAAACUUGGAAAAGAAAACAGGUUCACCUUUGAACUCAAAUAAACAAGUACUACAAUAUCAAAACCCAUGGAAUCAAAUUUUGUUGCUUUCUUUUCUUUUGUCCUAUUUCAUUCGUGUUACUUUAUUUUAGUAGUUUCCUUCUCCAUUUGUCCAUAGUAUCAAUCAAUAAUAUAAUAGUAUGUAUUCAUCACCUCAAAUCAAAGCCUUUUCAGAUUCUAAUCUUUACUCUCUUUCAAGCAUUUUCCUCGAAGAGAAAUAGAACUCUCUAGAACCUUCUUCAAAACCCUAGCGAAGUGGUUUUCUUCGCUCUCUGAAUCUGCUUCAGUGUUCCAAUGGCGUUUUGGUGGUCUUUGCUCGUUCUAGCAUUCGCUUUCGCUAUCUGCAAGUUCCUUCUCAUUCUCAUUCCUCCUAAGGUUCCUUCAAUCGACGUUGACGCUUCCGAUGUGUUGGAAGAUGGAAACCAAGCACAGGAGAAUAGCUUCAUAUAUGUGCCUCCAAGGGGAGCGACACAGCAAUCAGGCAAGAAAGUUCAGUGCUGUGAGCCUGCCACCAUGAAAUAUUUGGGAUUUGUUCCUGCAUUGACACCAGAUGAGGUCAAGGAGCAAAUUGAAAAAGUACGGAAGGCACAAAAAAUGUGGGCAAAGACCAGCUUCAAGCAAAGGCGCCAGUUUUUGCGUAUACUGUUGAAGUAUAUAAUUAAACAUCAGGCUCUUAUUUGCGAAAUAUCGUCACGUGAUACUGGAAAAACAAUGGUAGAUGCCUCUCUAGGAGAAAUAAUGACAACAUGUGAGAAGAUCAAUUGGCUACUGUCAGAGGGUGAACAAAGUCUGAAACCUGAGUACAGAUCCUCUGGAAGAUCAAUGCUUCAUAAGCGAGCCAGAGUAGAAUUUCACCCCCUUGGUGUUAUUGGGGCCAUUGUUUCGUGGAACUAUCCCUUCCAUAAUAUUUUUAACCCUAUGCUAGCCGCAGUUUUUUCUGGAAAUGGUAUUGUGAUUAAGGUAUCGGAACAUGCAAGUUGGUCUGGAUGCUUUUACUUCCGGAUCAUUCAAUCAGCUCUUGCUGCCAUAGGAGCUCCAGAGGACCUUGUUGAGGUGAUAACAGGGUUUGCUGAAACAGGAGAAGCACUGGUGUCUUCUGUUGAUAAAGUCAUUUUUGUUGGAUCACCUGGGGUUGGUAAGAUGAUAAUGAAAAAUGCUUCUGAGACACUUAUACCAGUUACACUAGAGCUUGGCGGAAAAGAUGCAUUUAUUGUUUGUGAAGAUGUAGAUGUGGACCAUGUUGCUCAAAUUGCUGUCAGGGCUGUUCUUCAGUCAAGUGGGCAGAACUGUGCUGGAGCUGAACGAUUUUAUGUCCAUAGGAACAUUUAUCCAUCUUUUGUCAGCAAAGUUACCAAAAUCAUAAAAUCUGUUACAGCUGGUCCACCACUUGCUGGGAAGUAUGAUAUGGGAGCUUUAUGCAUGCAUGAGCAUUCUGAAAAGCUCGAAGGUCUCGUAAAUGAUGCUUUAGACAAAGGAGCUGAAAUUGUUGCACGUGGAAGUUUUGGACCUAUAGGUGAAGAUGCAGUUGAUCAGUAUUUUCCUCCUACUGUGAUUGUGAAUGUGAAUCACUCAAUGAGAUUGAUGCAAGAAGAGGCAUUUGGACCUAUCAUGCCAAUAAUGAAGUUUAGCUCUGACGAAGAGGUUAUCAAGCUUGCUAAUGACUCAAAAUAUGGGCUCGGCUGUGCUGUUUUCUCUGGCAGUCAAAGCCAUGCCAGAGAGAUAGCUUCUCAUAUCCAUUGUGGGGUAGCUGCAGUUAAUGAUUUUGCAUCAACAUACAUGUGUCAGUCCCUGCCAUUUGGGGGCGUGAAACACAGUGGAUUUGGACGAUUUGGUGGUGUUGAAGGUUUGCGAGCAUGCUGCCUUGUAAAAUCAGUUGUUGAAGAUAGAUGGUGGCCAUUCAUUAAGACCAAGAUACCUAAGCCUAUUCAGUAUCCUGUGGCAGAAAACGGAUUUGAGUUUCAGGAGUCGCUCGUUGAAGCACUAUAUGGGCUUAGCAUAUGGGAUCGUUUGCAAGCAUUGGUUAACGUUUUGAAAAUGCUUACUGAGCAGAACUCUACCAGUGGCAAUAAGAAGGAGAAAUGACUAAUCAUGUCCGGACGGUGAAAGUGCCAAAUGUCUAAUAGUCAUUCGAAUAAUUAGGGGCUUCUGGUUUGUCUCCAACUACUAUAUGUGCCAGCUAUUCUCUUUGCCCUGUUAUUUUUGCUGUGCUUAUUUGAUGAUGAUUCUGGGUAGUUUUCUGAUGAAACAUGAGUACAGAUUUUCUUAUAUAUCAUGUUAAUGAAAUCAUGGAUGCAAGAAAACUUUAAAGAUCAAAUAUUGUACUAGAAUAUUUUUUUUUUCUUCUAAAUAUAGUACGCCCCAUGAUUGACGAGUUGUGUAUCAUACACUCACUGUCAGAUGUUGGUCCAAUUACCUCUCACCUAGGCAUUACCAUUAGUUGAAAGCGAUUGUGGUUUUGUCUGGUGGUUAACAAGUGUAGGCGUUAAAUCUUAGAAAUAGUUUGUUUCUUUAUAUCAUGUUUUUUGUUGGUGAUCAUAUCAUGUUUUUAGUUA